UUUAGAUUCUUAUAAUUUCUUAUUAUCAGUUUUCCCCUAAUUCUGCCAGCGCCCUGAAUAAAAGCAGUAAGGAGCAUCAGCAGAAGCUUGCCUGUCGCGCACAUUCCCGUCCCACGCCUCCCAGCUAAUCAUUACAGCUCCUAAACAAUCAUUACACCACUUAAACUGGUAAUCGCAGUUUGCUCCCACAGCGCUGAAUCUCUCUGAAGAAGCAUGGCGGUGGAAGAGGAAGCCGGUAGACCCACAUGGAGCAGGCAGAUCGAGUUCACUCUGGCUGGGAUCGGCUGCGCUGUGGGCCUGGGGAACAUCUGGAGGUUCCCGUACCUGUGCUACAGGAGCGGCGGAGGUGCGUUCCUGGUGCCUUACCUGCUGAUGCUGGUGGUGCUGGGGAUCCCGCUGCUGCACAUGGAGCUGACGCUGGGCCAACAUCUGAGGAAGGGCCCCGUCCUGGCCCUGGCCAAAGCCUGUCCCCUGCUGAAAGGUGUUGGCAUGGCAACGGUGGCCAUCUCCUUCAUCAUGUGCACAUACUACAAUGUCAUAAUCACAUGGGCGCUGUACUACAUGUUCAGCUCUUUUCGGAGCGAGCUGCUCUGGGAAAACUGCAACAACACAUGGAACACGGCCAACUGCAGCGACCGUGUGACCAACAGCUCCUCGUCCUCCACCGCCAGCCAGCAGUUCUUCAAUUAUAAGGUGCUGGAGAGGACCAGCGGUGUGGAGGAGACGGGCAUCUUGAGGUGGGAGCUCUUCCUCCUGCUGCUGCUGGCCUGGAUCCUCGUCUACCUCUGCAUCUUUAAAGGAGUCAAGUCCACUGGGAAGGUGGUUUACUUCACUGCUCUGUUUCCGUACGUGAUUCUUCUGGCUCUUCUGAUCAAUAAUGUGCAGCUGCCGGGAGCCAUAGACGGCAUCCGCUUCUUCAUCAUUCCCGAGUGGGACAAGCUGCUCAAUGUGGAGGUCUGGAUUAAUGCAGCAGCUCAGAUAUUUAACUCCAUUGGGAUUGGCUUCGGCUCGCUGAUGGCGAUGGCCAGCUAUAACUCCUACAACAACAAUGUCCUCAAAGACACUCUGGCCAUUUCCAUCACGAAUUCCCUGACUAGUAUUUUCGCAGGAUUCGUCAUUUUCUCGGCCUUCGGCUACAUGUCGCACCUUCAGAAUGUGCCGGUCAGUGAAAUCGCAGUGGACGGUCCGGGUCUGGUGUUCGUGGUUUACCCACAAGCCUUUGUGACGAUGCCCGUCGCUCCUCUAUGGGCCAUUCUCUUCUUUUUCAUGCUACUCUGCCUCGGCCUGGACAGUCAGUUCGCCAUGGUGGAGGUGAUGGUGACCAGUCUGCUGGACAGCUACAGCAAACCCAUCCUCAAGCAUCUCAAACGCAAGGAGUUUCUUGUGCUUGUGGUCUGCGGCGCAGCGUUCCUCCUGGGCAUCCCUAAUGUCAUGCAGGUGGGGAUCUAUGUGUUCCAGCUGAUGGAUCAUUACACGGCUAUCGUGUCCAUCAUGUUCCUGGCCUUUUUUGAGGUGGUUGGCGUUUGCUGGCUCUACGGUGUGAAGCGCCUGUCCAGUAAUUUACUGGAGAUGACGGGAAAGAGACCCAGCCUCUUCUUCAGGGCGUGCUGGUGGGUCAUCUGUCCUGUGUUGAUAACGGUUAUCCUGGUGUUCUCGGUGAUUCAGUUUAAGCCGGCGCGCUAUGAGGAUUACGUUUACCCGGCGUGGGCUCAGGGCGUCGGGUGGCUCAUCGCUCUGGCCUCCAUCGUCUGGAUUCCUCUCGCAGCCGCGCACACGCUCUGGGUUCUGCCUGGAUCCUUCACAGAGAGACUGAAGCUGUCGAUCACGCCGUUUUCUCUGGACGACGACUCCGAGAGCCCGUAUUACCAGCAGAAAGGAGCCAAUAUGGAGGUGAUCCCCAACAUCGCCGUCAUCAGCUCAGUCGUACCUCUCUCCGAAAAACCAUCCAUCCAGACUAACUUAUGAACCCUUUUCUUUCAUGUCGAUAUCAAUAAAGAUUGGCGACCUUC